AUGGUUCAUGUCCCCCCUAUUGACGCAGAGCACGAGUCAUGGCUGGCGUUUGAAAAGAACCUGCGCGAGUACAUGAAGCGUACACGUCAGGUACUAGUGGUGAAAGAGGUCAUGAACGUCAGUCGGCGUAACAACAUCCUCAAAAAGCAAGUCAAGUACCAAGGGCUUCAAGACUCCGAUAUUCCACUGGUUCCGUUGCUGGCUCAAGUAACACGUCGUGAGGAUGGCACAUGGGGCAUAUGUAUCAAGCGCGAGGUCUACAGUCACAACCACGGAGUCUCGGCGGAAAUCUACAGUAAUUAUCCAGGUAUUCGCCAGGUAUCUGCAUCAUCACCUUUGAUGCCUGGUAUCGAAUUGCUUAUGGAGUCUGGUGCAAGUUCUUCCAGCAUCUACGACUACAUUCACCAGAAUUCGACCCACCAGGUGACUCCAGCUGAUGUGAGGAAUCUCAUAGCUCGUCUUAAGAAGAAUGGUGCUCAGCUAUCAGAUGACGACGCGAUAGCAGAAGCAGUGGUUGACUUCAAUAUGGAGUCGAUACGGAAUGUAUCUACGGUGCACCAGAGCGGUCGCGGUAAAACCGGUGUUAUCUCCGUAACAUCUGGUCACAUGUUUCUAGAGAGAUCUUACACGAAUAUCACCACGGUAUUGUUGUCAGUGGCAACCAGUACGACAUCAGAAGGAGUUGCCAAUGUGGAUGACAAAGCGAUGGAGGAAAUUCGAUCGUAUGUGGAGCACGACUCUGUAAAAUUUCUCUUUCUGCCUGUCAACUUCAACUCUAGUCACUGGGCGUGCCUUGCUGUCGACAAGGAAUCCAAGACAACCUACAUCUACGAUAGUAUGAACGGGCGGAAGACCGGUAAAGCACUGAUGCAAUUGGUGACAAAGGUCAAGUGCAGUCUCCAGGGCUCAUACGCCCACCAAAUUGCAAAGGCACCAAGACAGAAGGACGACAACAAUUGUGGAGUCUUUGUCUGCUUGUUUUUCUGGAAGAUGGUCUCAAGCGACGCCCCGACGGACUUGUCACCCACUGGUCUUACGAUGCUGCGAUGGAAAAUACUCAUGGCAGUGAUGAACAUAUCACCACAGCCGAAGCGUCGUUUGCGAGGAUAG